UUGUCCUUCACACUCUUUCCUUCUACAAAGUCUCUCUCUUUGUUCCUUUACUAUAAACUCUCUCUGUAGAUUUAUCCAAGCUCAAACUCUUUUCCCUGUCUCCUUCUCUCAGGUUAAAAGAACUAUUUGUAUAGCUGUGAGAAGAUUUAAGAGUAUUGUUGAAGAUGAAGAAACCAUCAAGUAGAAGCCAAAGAGGGAGCAGAGGUAUCAAAGGGAAGCAUGUUGUGCAGAUAUGUGUUCUGCUUGGAGUUUGCAUCUGGUUAAUCUAUCAAGUGAAGUAUUCUCAUGAUAAGAAGAAGGAAAUUUAUGAGACUGAUGGGGAGAAGUUGUUAGAUAAGGAAGAUGGGUUGGUGAAGCUUGGGAGAAAAGAUCUUCUUCCUGGUUAUCAUAAGAAUGAGAAUGAAGAAGAAGAAGAGAAAGAGAGCAAAGUAGUGAAUGGUACUCAUGAGGAGGAGGAAGAGAAGGAAGAAGAAGAAGUAGCUGAGGAGGAAGAAGAAGAUAAGAGCAAGCUAGGAGAGGAAGUAGUUGAAGAGGAUGAGGAAGAAAACAAACAUGAGGAAGAUGAUAUUGAUGAACAAGAUCAAAGUAAAACCACUGAAGAUGAAGAGACUAAUCAUGCAGAUGAGAUUGAUAUGACCGUUGAUGAAGCGCGCGAGGAGCAUUACAAGGCUGAUGAUGCUUCCAGUGCAGUGUCUCAUGAGUCUAGUAGGAUACUCAACACUGAGAAACUGAAUGAAAGUUCUGAUAAUUCAACAGGAGGAGCUCAAGAGAACAAUGGCAAUGCCAUUGUAAGUGAGGUAGAAGUUCAGAAGGAACCUAUCUUGAAGUUUGGAGAAGCUGUGGAGAAAACAACCACAGAAGUGAAAGAUGGUGACAGUGAAACAUCCAGAGGUGAAACAGUUAAUGGUAAUUCAACAGAAGCAGUUCUUGAAGCUUCAGGGUUUCUACAGAAUGAGACAAGAAUCAUGCAAGAACGGAGUCAAGAAGAUAGUACACCGCCUUCAGGAUCCUCUGAGUUACAGUCUGUCAUCAAACUUGAGCAGACUGGUAAUGAAUCUGCUCCCAACAUCACUGUUUCUGCAAACGUUACCAACAUAGGUUCAAUUCAAGAUGAGUCCAGGAACUCGUCUUCUGUAAUUGAAAACAUCUCAGGAUUGAACACAACUGAGGUGAAGGAGAAUACAAGGUCUGAAGGUGAUGAUGAGACAGGUGAAUAUAAGGAAAGUUCAAACGUUUUCUCCACAGAGCAAACGGAGGAAGCAAAUGAUGAUACUACUUCUGAAAGCACAAUGUUGCAAGAAGAGAGAGAAGCUCUCACUGAUCCACAAACUCUGCCGGAUAUAAGAAUAGAAGGGAAUGAAGAAGAUGAAGAAGAAGCCAUCUCAACAGAGUAAAAAAAGCUGGAUAAGUUUAUUGUGAAUGUUUUCUCUGCUAAAAUGUAUUCAGUGUUUGUCUCUGUUAGUUCAAACUGUAUAUUAAUUUUCAACUUUGGCUACUGAUUUGCUUUCACUAUUCUUGAGAGAAAACUUAGUUCAGUGUUUUACCAAAAUCUCUACUUAAUCCUCUUCUCAGUGCAAUCAAAGAUACAAUAAUGAUGCUUGUGUUGGUGAGCUAUUAUUUGGUGUUAAUGGAGAGAUAUUGUAG